UGACGGAGGCGAGGAUGGCCCUGAAGACGGUGGCGGUCGAGUUCGGGGACGAGAGCCAGAGCGCCUACCCUCACGUGUGGCUGAGAGAGAACUGCCAGUGCCGCGAGUGCUUCAACCAGGACGCGAUCGCCAGGAUGUUCCUCCUCGAAGACCUGGACCUCGACAUGAGGCCGAAGAACGUGAGGGUGGAGGACGGCUGCUUGCGCGUGGAGUGGGAGGACGGCCACAUCGGCGUGUUCUCGGGCCCGUGGCUCCACCAGCGCGCCUUCACGCAGGAGGCCAGAGCUAAACACCGCGCGCAGUACAUGCUUUCGAGAGUUCGCUGGGGCCCCGGCUUCCAAGUGCCACUCAUCGACUACCAGAGUGCCAUGGAGGACGACCGGAUGCUCCUCGACUGGCUCACCCUCUUGGAGAGGUUUGGAGUCGUCCUUAUCACCAACGCCCCUCAGAAAGUGGGCGCCAUCAAUGAUUUCAUCAACAACAUAGGCUUCGUGAAACCGACACAUUAUGGGACGGAUUACGAGCUCGUAACGCACGUAACACCGAAUAACUUGGCUUAUACGGGAUCAAAACUCGGCCUCCACACGGAUCUCCCUUACUACGAUUACCCACCCGGGACGACCUGGCUUCACUGCCUGCGCCAGCACGAGGGCAAAGGGGGGGACAAUGACCUCGUAGAUGGUCUGAAUGUUGCUGACGUCCUCCGCGAGAGGCACCCCGACCUCUUCCAAGUACUGGUCGACACCCCCGUCUAUUUUCAGGAUAAGGGCUUCCAUCACUAUGACUUCGAUAAGAUCACGAGAGUGCCUGUUAUCAUGUUAGACGAACGCGGUCACGUGCGCCGGAUUCACAUGUCCUCGCAGUCACGUGACCCCAUCAUGGACCUGGACACAGACGGCGUCCUGCAGUUCUACAAGGCGCUCAAGACCUUCAACAGCAUCCUUAUGGAGAUCAGUAUCAGUGUCAAGACCAAACCGGGCGACAUCCUCGUGCUGGACAACACCCGGGUCCUCCACGGUCGCCAGCCCUUCGAACCGGACGCGACCUCGGGGCCUCGGCACAUCCACAACGCCUACAUCGACUGGGAUGAACUGAGGUCGAAGAGGAGGGUCCUCCAGCGGAAGUUUAAUGUGGACCUCGCUUGAUGGGGGCGUCGCUGGUGUGGAUGAU